AUGCUUGCCGCACGCAGUCCCGGCGGCUGUAACCACAAUUAUCAUCUAAUAAGCGUUCCCAGUGGCAACCUGUGUGUGUAUCUUGAACCCAUCGGCUGGACCCGGCGAGACUAUCUUACCCAUAGUCUCCGCUUCUAUCAGUAUUCAUCUCUGUUCUGCCCUUCCUUGGUUUCUUCAGCUCUACACAUUGCUACCAAAUCCUCCCUCAAUGGCCUUAAACCUCCGACACUAUCACUUGCUGUCCGAAGUAGCCGCUCAUCGGGGCUGGGUCUCAGUUUUUUCAUGGCGCAAAAUGCUUCGACCAUUAUCACUGGCUUUGGUGUCGAAAUCGAGCUGACACUAGCCUUUCAUGAGGACCUGCUUGUGAAAGUUCUCCAGCAGCAACAUCUCGCGAGAGAUCAUAUCGUCAAGGAUAUUCCAACUAGGGUCAAGAGAGCGAUUGGACUGAGGAACCAUGCGGAGCACCGGCUGUAUCUCGAUACACGUCCUGGCCAUCGUGGUUGGGCGUUGCGCGUGGACGAGGCUGACUCUUCUAAGGACUGGCAAGGUAUAGGGCGAGCAAAUGUGAUUGGAAAUUACAGGACAUAUUGGACCGAGCCGUUACACAUUGUGCAGAAUAUUUUGAGAUCUUCAAAGAAUUAUAGCAUUGAUGUGCAGGCCUCAACAACAAAUGAUGCUAGAGGAAGUCUUUCUUACCACGAGUGGAAGGUUUGCAACGACUUUACCCUUGUUCCAGCUGAUGCCAAAGACGAGAAUGAAACUGCAAAAGUUGAUACUAGACAGGAAGAAGAAGAAAAGAAUAAAGAACCUCAUCCUAAUGAUGAGGAAAAAUUAGAAGAAGAUGAGGAGAACGUGGUAGAAGAUAUAGGUGAACAGCCAACAGCAGAUGAAGAUGAGGUGGACUACGAUGGUAUUGAAGAGAAGAGGGAGACGAGGAUGACCCCGAACACGACGAAGAGGUAG